AGAAUAACGUUUUAAAACACUACACUGCGUUGCCACCGUGUCGCUUUUAGUUCCUUUUCCGGAAACUUUUGCGGAGUGAAGUCGAGUAACGCAACGUCCAACGGGUGUUUUUAAAUAACAAGAUGACAAAUCCACCGUCUUACCCAAUCGUAAAUCGGCAAGAUCCACCAAAUCCGCACGCGCACGUGGAUGAAAGUCUCCAUGUGCUUGGGCGCGUGCGCAAUUACCGCCUUGUGAGCCGCCCCAUAUACCGCCAACCGAACCUUGUGACUGUGGCAGCGCUUUGCCUGCCAUUGUGUUCCGAAUCAGGUGAACAGAAUACCACCCCUGCUCGUUUCGGUGACACCCAGGGCUAUUACCGCAACGGUUGUUGGUACAAUGGCCAAUUAAAUCAGGAUCCACCAUCGACUAAUAACCAGCAAUUGUAUCUAUUGGCCUAUCUGCCAUCAAACACCAAUGUCCAGCCUGUUCAAAUGAUAUGGCACGUGGCUCCAACUCAAGGGUCACCACCAACACCACCACCACCGCAACCGCGCUGUUGGUUGCCACCAACACCUCCACCACCGCCACCACCCCAGUUUGUGCUAAACGGUCUCCCUGUGCCGGUGAAUUAUAUUAUGGACGCGCAGCCUCAACGCCCUGUUCUGUAUGCACAGAAUCCACAGGCACAGGCCAUGUACGCAAUGCAAACAGCUACCGUGCCACCGAUUCCACAAGUGCAGACACUUGCACAGCAAGCCCCUUCAUCGAAUCGACCGAUUCAAACUUCAGCUCCAAUGAUGGUGAGCCGAGGGGUUCAGGUACCCCCACGUCGUCGGCGACCAUCAUUUAGACACCCGUCUCAGCAAAAUCCAGCUCCACCAACAAUAGAUCAUGCUCCAUCGCGGAUGUCUUUACCAGGCGCUGGAGGCCGCAACCUUGCAUCCCAGAAUCCGGGGCAAUCCGAUCCUGCUCCAUCGCAGAUGAAUUCACCAGGCGCUGGAGGUCACAACCUUGCAUCCCAGAAUCCGGGGCAAUCCGAUCCUGCUCCAUCGCAGAUGCAUUCACCAGGCGCUGGAGGCCGCAACCUUGCAUCCCAGAAUCCGGGGCAAUCCGAUCCUGCUCCAUCGCAGAUGCAUUCAUCCCAGAAUCCGGGGCAAUCCGAUCCUGCUUCAUCGCAGAUGCAUUCACCAGGCGCUGGAGGCCGCAACCUUGCAUCCCAGAAUCCGGGGCAAUCCGAUCCUGCUCCAUCGCGGAUGUCUUUACCAGGCGCUGGAGGCCACAACCUUCCAUCCCAGAAUCCCUCAACACAUGGUCCAUCUCCACUUACGCGUGGUAAGUGGCAAUCUGAUCCUGUUCUAUCGCGGAUACAUUCACCAGGCGCUGGAGGCCGCAACCUUGCAUCCCAGAAUCCGGGGCAAUCCGAUCCUGCUCCAUCGAGGAUGCAUUCACCAGGCGCUGGAGGCCGCAACCUUGCAUCCCAGAAUCCGGGGCAAUCCGAUCCUGCUCCAUCGAGGAUGCAUUCACCAGGCGCUCGAGGCCGCAACCUUGCAUCCCAGAAUCCGGGGCAAUCCGAUCCUGCUCCAUCGAGGAUGCAUUCACCAGGCGCUGGAGGCCGCAACCUUGCAUCCCAGAAUCCGGGGCAAUCCGAUCCUGCUCCAUCGAGGAUGCAUUCACCAGGCGCUGGAGGCCGCAACCUUGCAUCCCAGAAUCCGGGGCAAUCCGAUCCUGCUCCAUCGAGGAUGCAUUCACCAGGCGCUGGAGGCCGCAACCUUGCAUCCCAGAAUCCGGGGCAAUCCGAUCCUGCUCCAUCGAAGAUGCAUUCACCAGGCGCUGGAGGCCGCAACCUUGCAUCCCAGAAUCCGGGGCAAUCCGAUCCUGCUCCAUCGCAGAUGAAUUCACCAGGCGCUGGAGGCCGCAACCUUGCAUCCCAGAAUCCGGGGCAAUCCGAUCCUGCUCCAUCGAGGAUGCAUUCACCAGGCGCUGGAGGCCGCAACCUUGCAUCCCAGAAUCCGGGGCAAUCCGAUCCUGCUCCAUCGCAGAUGGAUUCACCAGGCGCUGGAGGUCAAAACCUUCCAUCCCAGAAUCCCUCAAAACAUCGUCCAUCUCCACGUACGCGUGGUAAGCGGCAAUCCGAUCCUGCUCCAUCGAGGAUGCAUUCACCAGGCGCUGGAGGCCGCAACCUUGCAUCCCAGAAUCCGGGGCAAUCCGAUCCUGCUCCAUCGCAGAUGCAUUCAUCCCAGAAUCCGGGGCAAUCCGAUCCUGCUCCAUCGCAGAUGCAUUCAGCAGGCGCUGGAGGUCAAAACCUUCCAUCCCAGAAUCCCUCAAAACAUCGUUCAUCUCCACGUACGCGUGGUAAGCGGCAAUCCGAUCCUGCUCCAUCGCAGAUGAAUUCACCAGGCGCUGGAGGCCGCAACCUUGCAUCCCAGAAUCCGGGGCAAUCCGAUCCUGCUCCAUCGAGGAUGCAUUCACCAGGCGCUGGAGGCCGCAACCUUGCAUCCCAGAAUCCGGGGCAAUCCGAUCCUGCUCCAUCGCAGAUGCAUUCAGCAGGCGCUGGAGGUCAAAACCUUCCAUCCCAGAAUCCCUCAAAACAUCGUUCAUCUCCACGUACGCGUGGUAAGCGGCAAUCCGAUCCUGCUCCAUCGCAGAUGAAUUCACCAGGCGCUGGAGGCCGCAACCUUGCAACCCAGAAUCCGGGGCAAUCCGAUCCUGCUCCAUCGAGGAUGCAUUCACCAGGCGCUGGAGGUCAAAACCUUCCAUCCCAGAAUCCCUCAAAACAUCGUCCAUCUCCACCUACGCGUGGUAAGGGGCAAUCCGAUCCUGCUCCAGUUCGAUCCGAUCCUGCUCCCAAUGUCCAGGAACCACACAGCAUUAAGGCCAAGGUGGAGCCCGAGGUGGCAGUAGCCGGAUCCGGAUUGAACGGUCCAAGUGGAACCAUUGACGCCCGACCAAUGACUUCUGAUCAUCCAGCCCAAGCUGUUACAGUUGUCGAGCGUGAGGAAUGUUCUUGCGAGUCCGAUAUAUCAAUGUACGAUCUAUUGAUCAAGGCGAUCCAAAAUCAUAUGCCGCAAAGCCAUUUAGUUCCAGCCGUAAUGGUAGCCCAACGCGACCAUGUUGUAGUUAAUGAUAAUGCCAAUUGUACACCAAUGCCGUUUAAUCCACCACCAACUGGAGCUUCCAAUGUGGCUGUUGCCCAUGAAAAUGAUUCGAAUUCGAUUCCAAACUCUGUCUUGGUGCAUUGUGCUAAUGCUGAUGAGGCUGAAAAGCCCCAGAUGGAGAUGGUUAAUAGCUCUGAUGUAAGCCAGGUGCAGGUGGUUAUGCCAACGAAACAGCCAGAAUCCCCGAAACUAAAGCUAAAGAACAUGCAGCAGUCAAAGAUUCAAAGCGCUGAUACAACACCAGAAGCGAAAACUGAGGAGGCACCCACUGUCACUGCCCAUCCGGAGCCAAUUGACCAGGCACAUGCCAUCAAUUCCUUGCCGGAGCAGGUACCAAAGCCAACGGACACCAGUGCACCCCGUCCACCUGUGAAAGAAGCUAUGCUGGAUGCAAUCUGUGCGAACAUGAAAGCAUUACGAAUCUCGGCGGCGCCCAGAAGCAAUAUCCCAAGGAAUCCGAAGGUCAAUAUGAAUCAUUGGCCCCCAUUGGAGAGCAGCAUCCGAAAGAAAAAGGCUGCCAAAAAGGAUAAUGCUCAACUGAAAAGGAGGUUCCCGAAAUCAGCAACAGUAAUUUCAUUUAACUCGAACGAUAGGCCUCCAAAAAGCGAUCGGCAAUCAGGAUUAGUUAAUUCAUCGAACUCACAGGCUAAUAAUCAUAUGACGAGACAGAAAUCUGGUGGCCAAAAGACACCAGAUCGAUCAAUGGCCACAGAAAAACGCAAUUGUGAUCCACCAUCGAUGGACACAAUGAAACGGUCAUACGAUCAAGUUAUGGAACAAAAUCCUCAAAGGAACCUGGUUUCACAAUUCAAACGUAAUAUUCCUGGGCUAUCGGCGAAAGCUAAGAAUGUGGUCAAUAAUAAUGUUUCGAAACCGCCAGUGGUUAAGAAACCCUUAGGUUCCAAUAAUGUGCAGCCAAGAAAGCCAUUGGGUGAAUUGAAAACUCUAGGAUCGAACAUGUUUGACCUUCUGGUAGAGCCGGAUAUGGAGGAUGACAACGACGAGAACACUUUCGAGCAAGAUAAGCCGGACGCCGACGAUGUUAGUCCACCAAAGCGUUCCAACUCGCAGAAGGAGAAGAGGCGCCUCAAGAAACAGAAGACGGCCCUUGAAAAGCAGAUCAAACUCACGAAACUGGCCGAAAAGGAGGCGAAGCGGGUCGAAAAAGCCAAGGAAAAGGCCAAGAACGCGAGUGCGGAAAACGCUUUGGCGGCUAUCCAAUCCAAUGCAACCCAAUCAGCUGACGAAUCCGUUUCGGGUGGCACACUUGGCAACUUUGCUCAGGAAACCAUAUGCUUUCAUCAACUGCCCGACGUGGUGGGAACUCCUCCGCCAUCUCAACCAAGAUCUCGUCCGUCGCCAAGUGUUGCCCGUUCGGAAGUGAAGUGCAAACAGCGUACGAUGAAGAAGCCCACCAAGCUGAGCACAUUCCUAGCGGCUGUAACCAAUGCCACAUUGAAAAAAAAAACCCAAGCUGGAAUUAACAAAGAUUUACCAACCCAAACAUGUACAGAUCCCGGUGCAGUAGCUCCUUUGCGUCCCAACGCAUCAGAUGCUGAAUUAAAGCUGGCAAUGCCGGUUUCCAAGCCCGCUGCAGGACUUCCUUUGCGUUCCAACGCAUCAGAUGGUGAAUUAAAGCUGGCAAUGCCGGUUUCCAAGCCCGAUGCAGUAGCUCCUUUGCGUUCCAACCCAUCAAAUGCUGUUCCCAUAAGGUUGAAAUAUCCGCUUUCCAGGUCUGCUGCAAGAGUUCCUUUGCGUUCCUACGCAACAGAUGCUAUAUUCAAGCCGACAAAUCCGAUCUCCGAUCCGCUGGCACAACCGUCCCUGCUGUUGCCACAUAGGGUGUCAAAAGCGACAUCGAUGACCAAGGAUAAUUCCAAAGGAAAUCGAGAUGUGGUGAGGUCAUCCCGAUCACCGCCAUCAUUGCAAAUCGAUAUGACCAAGGGAAAUGCUGAUAAGCUGGCAACAGCAUCUCCAUCUUCAUCAGGAACAGCACCAGCACACCCUCAAGAUAAUUCAUGGAAAUUUAAUGUCCUUCCUGGCAAAGUUGUUAGCCUGCCACUUCUCAAGAAUGCUGAAGAUCCGAAUCGUGGGGAAAUACAGAAGCCAAUUGUAACCAGUGAACCAGGAGAGAAUCCACCAGAAGAAUCCACCACGAGAAUCCACCGAAAACCAAAAGAAGACUGAAGCACAGCCGCACUUCAAUCAUUUCGAAGAUCAAAUAAUACUUGUGAUAGUACUCUAAGUCAUCUCUAUAAUCACCAUCACCUUGCCAUACAGAAUCAAUCGUUCAUUGACCAGAACAAUAACAACAUUACACUGCCUUUUGUAAACUUACAUAUAUUUUGAUUAAAUAAAAUUUGUUAUAUAACUAUAUCUAAACUCGUUCUGCUAAUCCAUUUAAAUACCCCCUGGUGGUAGUGCACCAAGCUUAGGAUUGGAGAACGUGUGAGUUUGCACGACUAGGUGAGAUAAUGCACACAACUGACAACUGCCCUAUGAACUCAUCCCGUUUGCUCUAAUCUCUUCCAGAUCUCGUCCGGUUUCAUCCAAGACGAAUGCCGAUUGCAAUGCUUCUUAGGCUGGGAGCUUAGCCGCAGUUUGAACUAAUUAAGUGUCGAAAGGAUUACCAACGCCUACCCGUCGUGUGUUGUGAUUUACGAGUCGAGCUGCCAACUAACUACCUGCACAUCGGGGUGCUACCUGUACGGUGAUCCUCAUUAGCAUGA